GACUUAAGCAGUGCUCGAAGGAGCUAAGGCACGGGAAGUAACUGGAGUUUACAAGUAGCCUGUUCGCCUCAAGAGCCACUCCAUUCGGAUUUUAAUCUGGGAUAGAGAUACCACCCUGAAGGGUUUGUAUAAUCCCAGGUUCUCCGACAUGAUGUUCCCAGGCUUCACCGCUGACUACGAUGCGUCUUCCUCCCGCUGCAGUAGUGCUUCUCCGGCGGGAGACAGUCUCACCUACUACCCUUCUCCCGCAGACUCUUUCUCCAGCAUGGGUUCGCCUGUUAACGCGCAGGAUUUCUGCACGGACUUGGCUGCCUCCAGCACUAACUUUGUCCCUACGGUGACUGCCAUCUCUACAAGUCCUGACUUGCAAUGGAUGGUCCAACCCACUCUGAGCUCUUCGGUGGCCCCUUCGCAGAAUCGCACUCAUCCCUAUGGGCUCGCUGCUCCUCAAACUGGGGUCUACCCAAGGGCUGGGAUAGUCAAGACGACGGGAAACAGAGGGCAAAGCAUCGGCAGAAGGGGCAAAGUUGAACAGCUGACGCCAGAAGAGGAGGAGAAAAGGAGGAUUCGGAGAGAAAGGAACAAGAUGGCAGCCGCUAAAUGCCGCAACCGGAGAAGGGAGCUGACCGAUACCCUGCAAGCGGAAACCGACCAACUGGAGGAGGAGAAGUCCGCGCUCCAGACAGAAAUCGCCAACCUGCUCAAAGAGAAGGAGAAGCUGGAAUUCGUGCUGGCCGCUCACCGCCCUGCCUGCAAGAUCCCCGAGGAGUUACAGUUCUCGGAAGAGCUGGCGGUCUCUUCCCUGGAUCUGUUAGCCGACGCGCCCAUGGCCAGCUCUCCCGAGUCCGAAGAGGAGGCGGCUUUCGCCCUCCCGCUGCUGCAAGAGCCGACCCGGGCAGAGCCUGCGAAGGAGAGCAGCGGCUUGGAGUUGAAGGCCGAGCCUUUCGACGACUUCUUCGCUCGCUCCGCCCGCGGGACGCCGCGCUCUGUGCCCGACAUGGAUCUGUCCGGCUCCUCAUCCUUUUACGCCGCGGACUGGGAGCCCCUGGGGGCAGCGGCCCCCGUGGAUCUGGAGCCCCUUUGCACCCCGGUGGUGACCUGCACGCCCUGCCCCAGCACCUACACCUCCUCCUUCGUCUUCACUUACCCCGAGACCGAGUCUUUCCCCAGCUGCGCAGCGGCUCACAGGAAAGGUAGUAGCAGCAACGAGCCCUCUUCCGACUCGCUCAGCUCGCCUACUUUGCUGGCUUUGUGAAGGGACCGAGUCCCCGAGCAAUAAUCGCGGGGCUGGGUGAAAUCAUCGUUCCUACCCCGUCCUGCUG